AUGCUUAUGAAGUUGGCAUGUCUUCUUCUAUCAGUACCGUUAUUAACCAAUGGCGUUAAUUUAGUGCAAUUCGGGCCAAUCAAGUUGAAGAACAACAGCACUUUUUGGGCAUUAUUUCAACCUCAACCGGAAGUGAGCAAAUUCCCGCCCAUCAUUGAGUAUUUUGCGCAGAAGAUACAAGCGCAAUUCAGCAACUAUGUUCACGAGGAUCUAAGCAGGCCUCCCACGUGGGAUAAGCCUACUUAUACUUUAAGUGCAGCGGAUCAGCUGUUCUUCUAUCCACCAGAGACUACUACGAUGAAACUGAGUACUACUACUGCCAAUAAUGUGGAAAAGGAUGAGGAGUAUGUUGAGGUAGAAGAUGUGGGUAGUUACAUAAUAAAAAACAACUCCACGGAUGAGAUGGAGUCGCCAAACAACCAAACCAACGUUUUUGGUGAUCUGGAAGAUGAAGAUGAAGAUGCGAAAAAUACAACCUCCACUUCCACGGAAAAAUACUUUGAGGUGGUGACACCUCCAAUGAAAAUCAAACCCCAUAUAAACGUUAUAAUACUGGGGGAAGUCGACAUAACACCCCAACUUCCGAACAAAACUUACGGGGAAGUUUUUGACCCGAACAAUCUAAUAAUACUGAGGAACGAAGUUUCAACUGAAAGUGACCAUCUCAACAAAACCCUUUAA